UCCCCAAUAGAAAAUAGAGGUAAUUAUUGCCCUUUUCCACUUCGAAGGACUGAUAUGAACAUUAAGGGAUCAAAUAUUAGUUGGUAGUCAGAACAAGAGUAGACUACGAUUCCCAAGGUGCCCAAAGAGCCUGACGCCGGUCCAACAAACAGUUCCAGCUUUAGGGCAAAGGUGACCCCUCCAGGUCCCGCGCCCAAGUAGGGGGCAGCGGGGCUUCGCCUCUUUCCGGAUGCAUCCAGGGAGCUGUAGUUCCCUGAGGGUCCGGGCGCACGCUUAGGGCCAGUGUUCUACUACAAGUCCCGCGAUGACCCGGGGCCGGGCGGCGCCUGCGUGUUGAAGCCGAGGGAGAGUGCGGGCGGCGCUCACGGCGGGAGGAGUAAAGAUGGUGGCGCGGGGGUCUCCGCCUUCUGCUCCCAGCGGAGCGCUCUGAGGGAGGCGGCUGCGGCAACCCGAGCGGCAACAGCAGUCCGGUGGCGGGUUUCAGCAGCGGCUGCCGAGGCCGGAGCAAUGGCGGAGCUGGAGCACCUGGGCGGGAAGCGGGCGGAGUCGGCGCGAAUGCGGCGGGCUGAGCAGCUUCGGCGCUGGCGGGGCUCGCUGACCGAGCAGGAGUCGGCGGAGCGCCGCGCGGGGCGGCAGCCGCAGACCCGUUGCGGGAGCCCCAGGGUCCGCUUCGAGGACGGUGCCGUCUUCCUGGCCGCUUGCUCCAGCGGGGACACAGACGAGGUGAAAAAGCUCCUGGCGAGAGGUGCCGAUAUCAACACGGUCAACGUGGACGGCUUGACAGCCCUGCACCAGGCUUGUAUUGAUGAAAAUUUGGACAUGGUGAAGUUUCUGGUGGAGAACAGAGCCAAUGUAAACCAACAGGACAACGAGGGCUGGACACCCCUUCACGCAGCAGCUUCCUGUGGCUAUCUCAACAUAGCAGAGUAUUUCAUUAACCAUGGAGCCAGUGUGGGCAUUGUGAAUAGUGAAGGUGAAGUCCCCUCUGACCUUGCAGAAGAGCCUGCCAUGAAGGAUCUUUUGCUGGAGCAGGUGAAGAAGCAAGGAGUCGAUCUAGAGCAGUCAAGAAAAGAAGAAGAGGAGCAGAUGUUACAGGAUGCCCGGCAGUGGCUCAACAGUGGGGAAAUAGAGGAUCUAAGGCAGGCUCGCUCAGGGGCCACCGCCCUCCACGUGGCUGCUGCCAAGGGCUACUCUGAGGUCCUCAGGCUGCUAAUUCAGGCUGGCUAUGAACUCAAUGUGCAGGAUCAUGAUGGCUGGACUCCCCUCCAUGCAGCUGCACACUGGGGAGUGAAGGAGGCUUGCUCCAUCCUGGCGGAAGCACUCUGUGACAUGGAUGUCAGGAACAAACUGGGCCAGACACCAUUUGACGUGGCUGAUGAGGGUCUCGUGGAGCACUUGGAGAUGCUCCAGAAGAAGCAGAAUGUGGUGUUUUACUCUGUAUCAGUAUUGCACCUCCCCUGUACUUUACUUGUUUUGAUUUUACAGGAGAGAGAAAACAAAAGCUAUUUUAGUUCACUAGGACCCCGGAGACUCAACAGCACAAGUGAUACUGAAGAGAAGGAGAACAGAGAAUCGGCUGUUAAUCUAGUGAGGAGUGGUUCCUAUACCCGCCAGCUGUGGAGGGAUGAAGCCAAGGGAAAUGAAGCCCCACAGACGAUUGCUCCUUCCACCUAUGUAUCAACCUACUUGAAAAGUGCUUCAUUUGGUAGAAGUAGUGACCCCACAAGUCCCUACAUUUCAGCCAAUCGCAAUUCAUCUCCUGCUACCUCACCCAUUACGAUUGGUUCAUCUACCUCUCGGGGCGGCAAGUGGCAGCCUGCCUCUUCUUGCCCUGCACCAGUCAGUGCAGACACUACUGCGUCCCUACACCGCGGCAGGACUCCUUACAAAUCCCAGGCUGACUCAACCGCAGAGAAAACAGCAGACAAUGUCUCUUCUAGCACCCCGCUCUGUGUGAUCACUAAUCGCCCUCCUCCUAACACUGCCAACGGGGUUACAGCUGCUACUCUGCUCUCCACUCCUGGAACGGACUCCUCUGUGGAAACCCGGGAGAGGAGGAGGUCCUAUCUGACUCCUGUACGCGACGAGGAAGCAGAGUCUUUGCGGAAAGCUCGCUCCAGACAAGCUCGGCAGACUCGAAGGUCUACGCAAGGUGUAACCCUAACGGACCUUCAAGAAGCAGAAAGGACUUUCAGCCGGUCCAGGGCAGAGCGGCAAGCCCAGGAGCAACCUAGCCAACAGCCCGCAGACACAGAAGGGCUCGAGGGGGGUGUGGACAAGCAUGAGCCCCCGGCAGUCCUGGCAAGGGAAGCUGGGAAGGGCCAGCAGCCCUGGGGCGGGAGUCUGGAUGAGGAGCCUGUCUAUCGUCGCCUGAGGUGUCCAGCUCAGCCAGACAAACCCACAACAACAGUGUCUCCUUCUGCGUCAAGACCCUCUCUCUUCACCAGUUCCCGUCUCCUGCAGACAAUCAGAUCUUCAGUCCCUGAUUCUGAGAGUUCAGAGACUGCCACAAACACUGCAGUCGCAAAGGAAAUGGACAAAAAUGGGGGUGAAGAGGCGGACUUGGGUGAUCAGCCCUCCAGUAGACUGUCCGUCCGGGAGAGGAGGCGGCCCAAGGAGCGACGAAGAGGCACGGGCAUCAAUUUCUGGACAAAGGAUGAAGAGGAAACUGAUGGCUCUGAAGAGGCAAAAGAAACAUGGCAUGAAAGACUUUCUAGGUUGGAAUCGGGAGGUAGUAACCCUACAACCAGUGAUUCUUAUGGUGACCGGGCUUCAGCAAGAGCCCGCCGGGAGGCCCGGGAGGCCCGCCUGGCCACCCUGACCGGCCGUGUGGAAGAGGACAGCAACAAGGAUUAUAAAAAACUCUAUGAGAGUGCCCUGACUGAAAACCAAAAACUGAAAACGAAACUUCAGGAGGCCCAGCUGGAGCUGGCAGAUGUAAAGUCCAAGCUUGAGAGGGCGGCCCAGCAGAAGCAGGAGAAGGCCUCUGACCGGUCGUCUGUGCUGGAGAUGGAGAAACGGGAGAGGCGAGCCUUGGAGCGGAAGAUGUCGGAGAUGGAGGAAGAGAUGAAGGUGUUAACAGAACUGAAAUCCGACAACCAGAGGCUGAAAGAUGAAAAUGGUGCCCUCAUCAGAGUCAUCAGCAAACUGUCCAAAUAGACGAGGCUCCAGGCUUGGGGGGGAAAGGCAGCAUUUGCUGCCCCGAGCCCUCUUUUCCAGUCAUUGCCGUCCAGCCAAAAGCAGUGACUGUUUUGGCGGAAGGACACGCCUCUCUGACCCUCCUCCAGUCACCUCCUCUGCACUGUACAUGUUCUCUGCACUCCCGCUCUUCCUGCACACCCACCCCCGGGUCUUAUGACUGGUUUAAUUGAAGCACGAUUGUGAUCACUCGAGCCAGUCAGGCCAUCUGGAGAAGGCCUUGGGGAGUACACGGAACUGGGCUGUGGACCCACCUUCCUGCUGCUCAGCUAGUUGUCCACAGUGGAUUUGGUCUGAACAUGUACGAACUCUGCCCACACCAGUGUCCCACAGCCCUGCACACGGCCCCACUGCCCUCUGGUAGAGGCGAGUCUUACGGUAGCCACUCCAGGAUCCUGUCUGGGACGCCAAGAGAAACAGCAGGAUGUUGGCAUAGGCAGCAGACAGCCUGCAGAGCUGUAUUUCCAUUCGAUUCCAAGGUGACAGUAACUGCGCUGAGGGUCUCUGCGCGUCUCCCCCCUCAGGAACCGACUCCUCUGACUCUUCACUGGUGUUGCCAAUGUCCCUGGCGAGCCUUCACCCCUUCACCUCCCUCAUGCCCAGCUGUCUCCCCAGGGCUCAGGUGACCCUGGCUUCAUUUGUUCCUUUCUUUUCUAUUCUUUUAUUUUCCUUUCUCCCUCCCCCCAACUCACCUUACCCUGUGGUGUGAAAGGUAGAAGAGGGCACCUGAGCCCAGCUCUCGGGCUGUCACAGACCCACUUCUCCAGGGAUAGCACCAGCAUUCUCCCGGGGGUGCAGACCGUCGUCUGGGUGUCACCCCCGAUUCUCAUCUCCCGCUUGUUCACCUCCUUGCCUGGGCUCCCAGCGCCCCGUCCCGCCUCACCUCCCCAUGACCUUGUUUCCUCUUUCCCUGGCCCCUGCUCCUGGGAAGGAGCCCCUGCAGUGCGGCGGGAGGUGGGGGAGGCGGAUGGAUAGGAGGCCGCCUAGGGGUCGGAUGCAGGCUGAAAGACGCAUGUGCUGUAAAUAGAGUAUCUGAGGACACCUGCAGCCUUGUGACAAAGAAGAUGGAAGAAAAUGACAGCCCAUCGUGCUGUGAGAAUGGUGGUGAAUUUGAUUGUUUCUGGUAGCUAGAUUGAGGGGACAGACAUUUGUUUUCUUAGAAGCCAACAGGAGAAAUAACUUCUUAAUAGAGGUUAAAGGGACAAGACACUUUGAACCCAUCGAUGAGAGUCACGGGACCCUAGUGGCAGACCCAGAGUCACUUGGUCCAGCUUUCUGUUAUUCUGUCACAGGGUUCUCACCCCCUGCCCCUCUCUGCUGCCACAGCUCCUGCCCGCGGUCAGGGAGCCUCUGGCGGCUGUGCCUUCAUUAUUCAGAAUGAGUGGCUCUAAUGACCAGGAAGUCUUUGCUCCUGUGAGCUGGGGUCUGUGGGUCCCCCCAUUGCCCGCUGCCCCCUUCCAUGUGACACCUUUCAGGCACACGCUGUCGGUGAUCGCCCCUAGUCGCCCAGCUGAUGGCACCUGGUCCUUUAGUCCCUCAUCCUGUCAGUCUUGGCUAUCCUCCACUGGGCAAAAACAGCCUUUCAAAAUACCAGAUAUUUUCAUAUCAGACCUAAAUUAAACCGUUUGUUUCUAUGAUGACCCAGCAUUGAUACUUAAAGUAUUUGCUUUUUAUAGGCAUUUUUAUCUGUUGGUUGGCUUAUUUUGAGUGUGCAGGUCGUUUAAAUUCUCGUUUUAGGGUUGCUGGAGAUACUCAGUGCUUAGAGUGAUCCAUUAUCUAACAUGUACUACCCCUGUCCAUUUUUCUCUUUCUUUCCAGAAAAUGAUACUGUAAUUCUCCACGGCUCUCUGAAAUACCCCAUGAUCUUUUAACCAGAAGCUAUAAUUCAAAAUCCCAAUUCCAGAAUAGGAAAUAUGUCUCCUAUUCUGGCAAAACCCCACUUUAAGAGUAUACAAAAUUUUCUCUUCCAUUUCCUACCAUUUUCCAAGAGAAGCUACUUCUGAUAAGGAUUCUGUCUCAUCGUGGGUGCGUGUAAGCCCAUUUCUCAGGGAGUGCUAAGGUAGAGUGAGGCCUGUCCUACCUUCCACCACAAGCAUGUCCUUCAUCCUAGGGCGAGAGGAAAUCAGCACCAGGUGCCAACCGGUCCAUUCUCCUGACACGUCCUGGAUGUUGGGAAAGGCAGCUGGGUGCUACCCCUUUCUCAGGAAAAGGAAACUGGAUUAUUAGGAAAAAAUCUUGACCCUCUUCCAUUAGACAGACCAGGUAAAAGGGUUUCAGAGAGGCCCCUCAGAUCUGUCUAUGCCUUUCACAGGUGUGGGACAGGCUCUCAGAACUCGUGGGUUGGUCUUGUACACCUGCUGCUGCACACAGCCCUUCUAGAUUAAAGAUGCCUUUUCUUGACAAAGUUUUCCUUGUGAUGAAAGUCUUACAAGCUGUUGAGUCUCAGGAAUACUAGAUUCUAUGGCCAGGAACUCAUAAACGUGUAAACCAUCCUAGGUAAUUUCAGGCAUUCUCUUGUGCAAUCAAGUUUCUUAGACAGGUAGACUCUGAAUUCUGGUCCCUUUCAGAGAAUAAAAUACCCUUUCCUCACAGCUGUAUAUGUGCGUGGUGGUUGCAGACCUGGUGGCCAGCAGUGUGCUCUGAGUGCUGGCAUUGGCAGGACUCCCCUGCGCUGUGGGCCCACGGUAGCCACGGCCUCCGGUCCUCACCUGCUAGUUCCAAUAUCCAGGAGCGCCCCAUGUAUCAGGCCGCACGCAAGGCUCAGGUCUGGCCAGGAAUGUGGGGCUCAGCCUGAUCACUUUAGCAUCUUUCCAUGAAAUAUCAGAAUAGGGAUUAGAAAGCUCUCAGGACAGCUUUAUAUCCUAUUCUCUUUAAUUUUAUAUUUUUCGAAACCAAGCCGCAGCUUUGGUGGAGUGACUGGGCUGUCUCAGAGAGUCUCUGGCUGAAGUUGGCUGCCAGGCCUGUUUGUCUUUCAGGGGCUGCUUGGCCUUUUCCAGUCUGCUCACGGGCAUACUGACCCCAAGGCCCAGGCCUCGUCACUAGUGCAGCUCAGGGUGUUGACCCCAAAGAAACUAAACAGCAGACGUGCCUUGGGCCUGUUUGGUGCACCAAAUCCUCCCCGGGCAGGCUCGUCUGAUAUUUCCGGAAUCCCCCGAUCUUUUUCUAUCCAGCUGCACAAUGUGUUCUGGGCUUUCCCUGAUUUCUGUCCCAUCUCCCACUCCAUGUUUGAGAUGAAGACGCAUUUAUAGCUCUCUGAAGCCACUGGAGAGGGAGGCUUCAGAUCUCCUAUUUGGAUCCUUUCACCCAUCUCCCCUUCCCUAAACAGAAAGUGCUUAUCUGACAGGGCUACUGAGGAAGGAAGGAAGGAAGGAAGGAAGGAAGGAAGGAAGGAAGGAAAGAGGCUGAAACUCCACUUUUUAGCCCGUAAAUCCCACACAAAUAUGUGUGAGCUACUGUUUCUCUACCAGGGGCUUUUAAUUAAGCCACAGAUGAGAGAAGAAGCUCUGAAAGCUGUGCACUUGGGUCACAUCUCUGUAUUUCUGGCCCUGGUGCGGACAGACUCUCAGCCACACAGACACUCUCCUCUCAGAGAAGGGCCAGUGUUGUGGUCCAGGCCACUGGCUCAGGAGAAGGUCCUGACCCCGCUGGCAGUCGCUCUGAGGUGGGCAUGAGGUGAGCAGAAGCAUGGAGAUAAGAGUACUACUAUUUAAAGCAUUGCCAGUUACUCAGCUUCCAGGCAGCUUUGCCCCUCAAAGGGGAAGCCCUAAAGGAAGGGGAACUACUAGUCUCACCCCACUGCAUGAGCCACUGGUUCCAUUGGAGCCUAAUGAUGGUGUUACCCUACAUGGGCCCUGGCGGCCUUCUCACUUAGGCAUCCUCGGGGCCAUUGUUUAUGCCAGCAGCGCAGUCACCAAUUCCAGUCUGCCUGACCAAAUGCAGGCCCAACUGUAACUACAGAUCUUGGUCCCCAAACUGACUUUGAAGGCAGGUUUUGACCCCUAAAGGAUGAGUUCUCUGAACCCAUUGCAAAGCAGCUUUGAAGGAAGAAUACUGCAGCAUAAAAGGAUAAGACCCUGGGAGUCAGAGCAUCUGGGUUCUAGGCCAACUCUUCUUAUUAGCCAUGUGACCUUGGGGAAGUCACCUUCCCUGACUGAAAUGAAGCUGGUCUCGAUAAUCCUUAAGAUCCCUUCAAGGCUUAAAAUGCUUUGGUUUAUUUAUUCCUAGGAAGAUAGAACAUUUCUUUAACUCAGAAUUUUUGUUCUUUCUAACCUCAAAAGCUCUUGUUUUCUUCUGGAUGCGGACUAUUUAACAUCAGCAUGUCAAGGUUGGCUUCUCAUCCUUGUUGGAAAGUGAAUUUAAUACUGAGGGUAAUUGAAUGGUGUUGGAAUUGCUUUUCCUCCUAAUGGCUUGGUAAGAAUAUUAAAACCUGCAGAGGUGGAAAUUGGAGCUCAUGGGGAAAUGGGUAGAAAGCAAUUUGUUGCAGGCAGCCUUUGGACAAAUUGUUUUAAUAGGAAAUAGAGCUGCUGCUUCAUAGAUUUCCUCCACUGCCUUCCCUUGGCCUUCUCAAGUGCGGUCUACGUGGCUUCUUAACAUCCAAACGGCAGACACUGCAUUUCUGCUUAGCACCGGUUGGCUCGUAGUCUUGAACUCUGCCUCAUAGCAGAAAGAGAUCUUCCAUGAUAAAAAUGUUCACUUUUAGUUUCAUUGAGCCCCUCCUUCAGAUUCUGGACUCUCAGAAGUGGGACGUUCUGGUGCUGUUCAAGAUGGUCCUUCCUUUAAGCAGGUCUGCAGAGGAGACUGCCGUGCAGGAACAGCUUGCAGACCCUCAGGCCUCACAGCGGCUGGCGUAGGUCAGCACUCGGCUCUCAAGGAGUCGUGCAGGACCAGGUGUGAGUGAACGUAAGGCAGAGACCCUGCAAGUGGAGGCACCUGUGUGCUGGGCUGGGGAAGAAGGCAGCUGGUCGGGGCUUUGAACGUAGAGCUGCGUGAGGCUGCGGGCACUGGCAGAAGACAGCAGACGCAGAGCUUCCUCAGGAAAAUGAGUGCCAUCUGCUGUGCCUGCAUCCCUCAGCCUCCAGCCAGGCAGUGAUUUUCAUCAGUUUCCCUAAUGGGUAUUGACACCGCUCAAGAGCAGUAGACCGUAUCAAGGACAGCUAUCGAUUGCUUGUGUUCUGAUUAGUUUGGAAAAUAGAUCAACUUCAUUGCAGCCCAGGAACUGUCAUUGUCACAGCUAGUAGGGAAUGAGGUGGUCUCUGGGGGCUGAGAAAAAACGGAGGCUCUUGACCAGCCAGCCACCAACUGCAUGGAAAGAAGACGCCUUCACCCCUUUGAGAGCUGUGGUCAAAACUGAACCGAAGCUUGGCUUGCAACCCAGUAUCCUCAUGGAUGUGCUGAUGGCACCUAAAAGGGUGAGCAGUUUGGGGGUCACUCUUCUAGCCUGUGUACAUGUGCACACACGGUCAUUAGCAUGAAGCUUACAGAAUGAGGUCUGGCGUAUUCUUGAUUAGUGAACUUUACCCAAGUGUAAUUUUUUUAUUAAUUCAUUAUCUUCUGCUUUCCCCUCUCCCCUUCCAGUCCCCCAGAGUACAUCCCUCGGGCCAUUUGCCCCAGUCCAUCUACUUAUCAUUUUGGACUGUGUAUCUGCCAGAGUGGUAUUUUCUGUUAUUUCUCCUCUGAAUUUUUCCCUAAUAAUUCCAAUGAACUUCUUGUUGGGUGGCCGCUUAAGGUGGCACCAGGACGUUCUCACGUCCUUCCCACACCGCUCGCCCGUCCUCUCUCUCUCAUCUCCCUCCAUGUUCUUUAUCCCUUGCUUUUCUCACUUGGAGCUGGUGGCGCUUUGGAGAGGAGGUUUUCCAUCAGUCAGCAGACAUUCUGGAGAAGUUCCACGUAGCAGCAACCGUCACACCAUGUCCUCCACUCCACAGCUCCCUGGCUGUGCUCAGAGCCCCUCGGAGGCAAGGUCUGAAUGGUGGGCCUGCACAACUUCUCUGGAGCCUGGCCAGGGGACCAUGGGGGCCGUGGUAGUUUAUUCAGUCUGUGUCCUGAGAGGUUUGACUGUUCCCAGCUAGAGACAAGAGAGUGUGUCUUCUCCAAAAAACCCGACCAGCGUGUCAGCGCAUCUGGGGAGCAGCUCAGCCCGUUGCUGCCUUGCAGGAGAAGAUUCCGGAAAGGCGGGCCGACUGUGGGUGCCUCGUCAAGGCUUUCUCGCAAAGCCAGACACGAGGGUGAGUGCUGACCCUGCCCACGGGACAGGCACGGCCCGCACUCUCACCCAGCCUCUCCGACUUGACUCUUCUCUCCCACGCUACUGAAGCCCGGGGCGCAGCCCAGUGGGGCAUCUGGUCAAGAGUCCAGCUGAUGACAGGGUGGAGGGAGGACAUGAGGGGCCCAGGCUCAGAGCCCCAGGGGGUAGGCUGGGGGGGCGGCGGUCCUAAUGCCCCACCUCUCGCCAGCAUCCUCUGAGCCCAUGAAAGGUUGGGCCUGCCACCAGCCGACACCCCAGUGCCAGCGUCUCCCCCGAGGGGAGGAACCGCCACCUCUUCUCACUCAGGGGGCUCGGGCUCAGGCUUUGGCCUUAUAGUUUUCCUCCCUCCCUUCUUCUUCUUUGACCUUGAUCGGACAGGUGAGGAGAGCUUGUAAGAACCACUGGUGUCUGCCCGCCUCUGCCGUUUGAGGGGCAGCAUUUGAUCUUUGUCCACCCCACCCUUCACUCUCGACCUCACUUCCACCACCGGUAGCACUGGUUUUUAGCUGAGUUGUAUGGAUUGACUUCUAUCCACUGUACAUACACCUGGGGUGGGAAGGGGCUGCUUAGGGAGGGGAGCCAGAUUCGCUUUGUGAACUGAAUGUAUUUUUAUGCAAUUUUGAGUGGCCUUUCAAACCUGAGAUGAAUGAUUUUGUUUUACUGGUUGCUGUUAUAUAGUCUUAUUAAGUAUACUGUGUUUGAAAGUUUGGGAGUAAUAAUAUUCACAUCUAUAUGAUGCUUGUAAACACAACCGUAUUUAUAAACAAGUAAAUAAAACAGUGUUUUAACUUUG